UAAAACAGAAAUAUACCUAAUACCCCUUUCAUAUUUCACUUUUGUUUCUCUCUCUAUAUCUGUGUCCUCACAUUUUCUACAAUCUUCUAGAUAUUUGUGUACCAUUAGUCCCCCUUUUUCUUGAAUUUUUUUGCUUUGAGUUUUCAUCUUGAAUAUGGUGUCCUAGUGGUUACUUUUAUUGGACUUUGUGCUUGAUUGAGUCUUGAUAUGUUAUCCUUGGCUUAAUUGGUUGUUCAACUUUUACAUUUCUUGGUUUCUUGAGUUUGCUGCCUUUUUGUUUUUUUGGGGGGCUCUAGAGAAAGUUUAGAAUUCAGAAAAGAGUCACUCAAUAUUAAAUUCUUGAUUUGGUCUGCCAGUUGUGCUACAAUUGUUGUUAAAAAUUUCAGUCUUUUUUUGACUUAUAAGCAGUGAAAUCUGAAGUUGGAAGUUGUGACAAAGUUCAGCUCUGGCUCUUUAGCAGGUAAGUGCUAAACCAAUUCUGUCAAUUCCCAAAAUCCUAAGUUUUGUGUUACUGUUGUUUAGCUGUCUUGAAGUUCACUUUUUUCAUUUGGGGUUUUAGGAAACUGUUAAUCUUUUUACCUUUGCAUAGUCUUUCUGUACCUUUCACUUUGGAAUUUCUAGCUGGCACCUUGAUUUUGUGAGUUCAAAGAAGUGAGCUUUUUAUAAUGGACUGUCAUCAAGUAGUUGUUCAUGAUAAACCAAAAUCUGAUUCUAUGGAUUGUCAAAGGAAGGGUGGUGUGAUUAGAGAUGGGGAGGGGUUUAUUGGGGUUCUUGAUGUUCAUGUGCACCAAGCUAGGGACAUUCAUAACAUAUGCAUAUAUCAUAAACAAGAUGUGUAUGCCAAGGUUUCCUUAACUAGUGAUCCAAAAGAAGCUGUUUCGACCGAUACUAUUAAUGGUGGGGGCCAGAAUCCGGUUUUCGAUCAGUGUCUUCGACUCAAUGUCAAGACUAUUGAAACAUCAGUGAGAUGUGAGAUAUGGAUGAUGAGUAGGGUUAAAAAUUAUAUGCAAGACCAGUUGUUGGGAUUUACUUUAGUCCCUCUUUGUGAUGUUCUUGCUGCUGAGAAUGGAAAGCUAGAACAAGAGUUCAUCUUGUCCUCAAGUGAUCUCUUCCAUUCUCCGUCAGGUUAUGUGAAAUUGACGAUAACAUAUACUGGUGCAACCCCGGAAGUCUUAGAGAUUCCCACACCAGCCCAUUCUUUGGCUGCAGCAAAUGAUAGUGAUGAAGAUGUUCCAUGUGAACUGGGUAAGAUUGAAUUCCCGGAUCCCGAUAUUGUGAACGAAAAUGAAAGAAUGGUUACUGAGUAUUAUGCAAUUCCCUGCACUGAGAUGGAUAGUCAAAGCUCUGAGCAUAUCAGCUCCAAGGAAAACGGUGAAGAUAUCUCUUCCAAAAACGUUGAGGUUACACCAAAAAGUGUGGCUGUUGAAGGUCAAGAUGCCGCUGAAAACAAGAAGUUAGACACUCCCGCUCUCAGUGCUUCAGCCGAAAGUUCUCCAUCAAACUCAAUUCCCAUAAGGUCAUCAUCUGUUAGUGCCACCAAACAGACAUCUGGUGCUUCGAACGAGGAAUCUGUGCUGCCUCUGAAGGAUAGUAAAGACAGUGGCAAAGAGGUAAAUAGCACCUCGACUGCUGUGGCUGUUAGUACGUUCACACCGCCAGUUGUUAGCAUGAACAUUGUACCUGAGCAGAAGGUUGUGCAGCAAGAUUUUGUUGAUAUGUAUAUGAAAAGCAUGCAGCAAUUCACGGAAGCUCUAGAAAAGAUGAAACUUCCUCUGGAUACUGAAAAUGGAUCGCCCAUCCAGAAUGGAAAUGACAACACGGAAAGCUCCAGUUCAAGUGGGACACCACAGGCGCGCCCAAUCGGCCAAAGCCCAAGAGUGUAUUAUGGUAGCAGGGCCUUCUUCUGAACCAUAGUUCCAAUUGAAAAGGUUAAAAAAUGAAGUGCCUUGUACUUUUAAUCUAGCUGAAUUUACUAGCUUUUCGUUAGCAAAGACUGAAUGUUUCCAGUUUAAUUAGGAUAAGUUUUCCUUGAACUUCUGUGUUUGUUGUAUUAGGAAUGGUGUUAUUUAAUGUGACCCUUUUAUUGGUUCCUUAUUAACAAUCCACUGCCUUUGCAUC